GGGAUUUUCCCCUCCCAUGUGCUCGGACUGGCGCUAAAAGUUUCGUGUUCCUCAAAAGUAAAGAGCCACCAUCCUGGGUGCAGGUAUCUGCUGGGCUCCGGGGACACCAGGCGUCCGGCGUCGAAGUGUGUUUCCCAGGAAGGUAACAAGCUCCCCUGAAGUUCGGUGGCCACACUGACUUCCAGGGAGCUGCAAUGGAGGAAUCACAGUCAGAACUUGGCGUGGGAACCCCUCUAAGUCAGGAGACAUUUUCAGACCUGUGGAACCUACUUCAUGGAAACAAUGUUCUGCCACAGUGCCCAGAAGUGGAGGAGUUGCUGAUGACUUCAGACUGGCUGGAUGACGAUCCCAAUGAAGCUUCCAGAAUUCCAGCGGCUUCUGCACCAGUAGCCCCUGUGCCAGCCACUUUAGCACCAGCUGCCUCCUGGCCCCUGUCAUCCUCUGUCCCAUGUCAGAAGCCCUACCCAGGCAGCUAUGGCUUCCGCUUAGACUUCCUGCAGUCUGGGACAGCCAAAUCCGUGACCUGCACGUACUCCCCUGACCUCAACAAGCUGUUUUGCCAGCUGGCAAAGACCUGCCCUGUGCAGCUGUGGGUCAGCUCACCGCCCCCUUCUGGCACCCGUGUCCGUGCCAUGGCCAUCUACAAGAAGUCAGAGUAUAUGACGGAGGUUGUGAGGCGCUGCCCCCACCAUGAACGUACCUCUGAUAAUGAUGGUCUGGCCCCUCCUCAGCAUCUCAUCCGUGUGGAAGGAAAUUUGCAUGCCAUGUAUUUGGAUGAUGAAAACACUUUUCGACAUAGUGUGGUGGUGCCGUAUGAGCUACCUGAGGUCGGCUCUGACUGUACCACCAUCCACUACAACUUCAUGUGUAACAGUUCCUGCAUGGGGGGCAUGAACCGGCGACCCAUUGUCACCAUCAUCACACUGGAAGACUCUAAUGGUAAUCUGCUGGGACGGAGCAGCUUUGAGGUGCGUGUUUGUGCCUGUCCUGGGAGAGACCGGCGCACAGAGGAAGAAAAUUUCCGCAAGAGACGGGAGCUUUGCGCUCAGCUACCCUCUGGGAGCACUAAGAGAGCAAUGCCCACCAGCACCAGCUCUUCUCCCCAGCAAAAGAAGAAGCGACUGGAUGCAGAAUAUUUUACCCUUCAGAUCCGAGGGCGUGAACGCUAUGAGAUGUUCCAAAUGUUGAAUGAUGCCUUGGAGCUGAAGGAUGCCCAGGCUGGGAAGGAACCAGGGGGGAGCAGGGCUCACUCCAGCCACCUGAAGUCUAAGAAGGGGCAGUCCACCUCCCGCCAUAAAAAACCAAUGUUCAAGACAGAAGGGCCUGACUCCGACUGACAUCCUCUGCUUCCCGCCCAUCAUUCACACACCCCUUUCCAUACUCCCUUCCCUGGUAUUUUUGGGGAAAUGUUCUUUAAACCUCUGCUUGAUACAGGUGUGCCUUAGAAAUACUCUAGAAUUCUUCCAUUUGUCUUUCCCUGUGACACCAAUAUGAAAGUUGCCUAGCAAUGGUGGUUUGGGGAGGGUUAGGGGAAGCUGGGACUUUUCUGGCUUAGCUUUUAAGGAUUUUACUAUAAGGAACAUUUGGGAGAGGUAAGGAAAUAUUCCUGUGCAAGGAACAUUUUAGAAAUAGGCAUACACUGGGUUAGAAGCCCAGUCUUCUACCAUACUAGCCAGGGAAACGGGUGUUGAAUUUCUCCUAACUUCAUUAUCCACACUUAUAAGAUACUGAUAGUUGUACCUACCUCACGGGGUUUUUAGUGAGGAUUAAUGAAAUAAUGUGUUUCUGGCUUCAGCACCACCUUUUCUCAAAUAGUAUCUGGGACUUACUGCCCUCAUGGGUGCUCUGCCCUUUCGUGGAUAUGUUGAUCAUUUCUAUGACAUGGUGGCUAUUAAGGGGAGGGGAUUCUCCAAGUCUCUUCUCUGCUGGCCUAGCCAAAUCCUAUUGAACCUCUUGGUGAACUUAAUCCCGCACCUGAGAGGAAAUCUCACCUCAUCCCACACCCUGGAGAAUUCUUGCUUACCCAACCUUGGUUUAGCAUCGACCAACAUCUGUUUUACCUCCCUCAAAUGGCUCAGGGUUGACUUUACACUUUACAAAGCACAUCUGUAUUCAUCACCUACCCCCCUCUCUUCCCUUUUUUUAAUCCAAUUUUUAUAUUGAUUUAUUUUACAAUAAAAUGUUAUUAGCAUCCAUGUGUCUGUGGGGUGGAAAGCACCCGC